CGGUAUCUCCAUCUAUCCGACAAGUGAAUUAACACCUUCGUAAUGGAACAUCAGUUAUAAUUACUCAUGUCUAAAUGUCUUCCUGUUUCUAUCCCUAUAGUCCCUACUGCCGCAGUUUAUCGGAAUUCCAUCAUUUGCACUUGUUUUUCCUCCAAGACCGACUUCGCAGAAUUCGCUCAUCUUCAUUCAUUAAUCAUUAAUCGCUAUCCGACCGACCAGCCCACCAGCUUCAUCGACAUUCUUCAUACGUAAUAACGCAAUAUGACGCCAUCAAAACUUUCCAAUGAACGUUUGAAAGAGCAAUAUUCGAAUUUAAAUCCUUACGUUAAACUUACACGGCUUACAAAGGAGGAUGUAGAGAAGUUAACUGGAAAAAAAAAGAAAAAAGAAAAUACAUCUAAUUUAUCAUUUGAUUAUAUUUCUCCUGAAAUGAUAAAACAGGAAGCAGAAGAUGAUGAAACUAAUAUCAUGACUUACAAGGAAACUAAAAUAGAACAUACUUCGUGGCAGCAAUAUGAGAUAAAUGUCAAAACUGAAUCCACUAAUUUAAUUGAAGUAAAAAUUGAGAGAGAAGAUACAGAAAGUACCACAUCUUCGAACUACAUAGAAAAUGAUGACGAUAAUGAAUUUAUUUGCGAAGAAUGCUUUGCUCGUUUUGAUGAUUUUGAAGAAUUUGUCAUCCAUAAAAAUUUGUCACAUAAUAAUAAACCUUAUGUAUGUGAUAUUUGUAAUGCAGAAUUUGUUCUUAGUGCUCAUUUGAAUCUACAUCUUGUUGAGCAUGUUAAUUAUUUGCGUUUAAGAAAUUCUUCCAUAAAUCCUUCAGAAAUUCAGUCGUCAUCUAGAAGUAAUUUGACAAUAAAUCCCAGUGAAAAUUACAAGAAUUCGAUGUCAACCACAGCAUCGGCUAAAAAUUCUUGCAAUACUAUUACUUCAGCAAAUUUACUGACAACAGAGUGUGAAACUCAAUUUAUUAAUCAUCAUGAUAUUUGUAAUAACAAUUCAAAUACUUCCAAGUUCCAUCAAUGUCAUUUAUGUAUAAAAUCAUUCAAGAAUUAUUCGGCAUUAAAUGGUCAUUUGAAAUACCAUAGUCAUAGAAGUGAAAUGAUUUCAAGGAGACAAUUGGCAUUAAAUAAGAAGAAAGUGAAUAAUCAAAACAAAAAUAGCAUUGUAAAAUCUCAAAAAUAUGUUUUUCCAAAGAUUGCAAAUUUUAAUAAAGGUCACAAGUGUAAAGAUUGUAAUAGACAAUUUACUACACAUCGCAAAUUAACUAUUCAUUUCAAGCAACAUAAAAAACAAAUGGUAUGCAAUCAGUGUAAUAAAAAAUUUGUAUUAAAGAGAAACUUUGAAAAACACCUGCUAACACACAAUAAUGGAUUGUCUAAUGACAUUUCACUCAAUGAAAGUAAUUCACAACAAAACCAAAGAGCAACUAAAAAAUUGAUGAAACAUAAAUCUGUUUCUAGCCGUGAACCACUGAAUGUCUCAGAACAAGAUAAAUCAUUUCAAUGUCCUUUUUGUAAUAAUUAUUGCAAAUCGAAACAAUCCUUGAGCCAACAUAAAAGACAUCAUCAUUCUGCUUUAAAAGUUACACAUCGAAAACUCAAAUCAAAAACAGUUGAAUGCAAUUGGUGUAGUAUAGUAAUAACAAAAUGUAACUUGCUUCGUCAUAUUAAAUCUUUGCAUCCUAACAUCAAUCCUAUAAAAUGUUCACACUGUCCAACUGCAUUUAAAGAUAAUCCUUCAUUAAAACUACAUGUGUUUCAAUGUCAUACAAAUAAAGUUUAAUACUUGAUUUGUAUGCUUUUAAAUUUUAAUUAAUUUAAUUACCGAAAUUUUUAGAAAAAAACUGAGGUAUAUCAGAUUAUAGUACAAUGUUUACUUAAUAAUUAUUUUUCAAGAUAUUUUUAUACCUGUACUUUGGUACUUUCUCCUUAGUAAUUUAUUUGAAUUUCUACUUAUUUAUAAUUAAGAUAAAACUACAUAUAAUGAAUUUACUACCUUAUUGUAAAAUUUUACUUAUUUUUCUAUUGUAAUUUGUAUUUAUAAUUAAGUUAAUUUUUUGAUUUUUGUAUUACCUAUAAUAUUAUUUAUAAUUGGUAAUUAUUUAUUUUUGUAUAAAUUUAAUAUUGGAGUAAAAUAUAUUGACACAACGAUUAUCAUUAGGCUAUUAUUGUGAUCCUUGGUGAUUGCUAAAUAGACCAAUUAAGAUUAUUAUAAAAAUAAUUGUAAUUUCCAUACUGUUUAAAAACAUUUAUCAACUAAAAAUAUAAUUUGUAUAAACUAGAAAGAUAGUUUACUGUUGUAAGUAGUUCAUUUAUGAUUUAAGAAAUAUCAAUACAAUGUUGGCCGUUUAGUACCAACUUUUUCUAGUUA